CAGUGCUUCCCUCAGAGGGAGGCAGAGACACCUUGAAGGGCUCAGUAUAAGGACAUCUACCAAGUGUCUUUUUAAGUAGACACCAGAGCUGGGGGGGGGGAGGGGAAAAGGAACAAGCUUGUAAUCAUAACUCAGUUGGACUUGUAUCCGAGAAGUCAGAUGCCAUGGACUGGCUCCCUCACCGAAUGGCUGCUUUUCUGUUCCUUUUAUUGGUACUCCUGGAUUUCAGCACAGGAUUUCAUGUAGAGGUAAAAGAAUGGGAUGAAAAUGGAAUGGCAAGAUGGAAAACCUUCAGAAGACAAAAACGUGAAUGGAUCAAAUUUGCUGCAGCUUGUAGAGAAGGAGAAGAUAAUUCUAAGAGGAAUCCAAUUGCCAAAAUCCGAUCGGACUGUGAAGAAAACCAUCCAAUCACAUACAGCAUCUCUGGAGUUGGAAUUGAUCGUGCCCCCUAUGGAAUAUUUGUUGUUAACCCAAGAACAGGAGAAAUUAAUAUAACAUCAAUAGUGGAUAGGGAAGUAACCCCAGUAUUUGUUAUACACUGCUUUGCUAAACACUCAGUGACGGGUGUAGAUUUGGAACCACCUCUUGAACUUCGAGUCAGAGUUCUGGAUAUAAAUGAUAACCCUCCAAUAUUUGCACAAACUGUUUUUACAGGAUCUAUUGAAGAAUGCAGUAUGGACAACACACUGGUGAUGAAAAUAAUUGCAACAGAUGCAGAUGAACCUAAUCACCUGAAUUCUAAAAUUGCCUUCAAGAUAGAGAGUCAGGAACCUGCAGGUCCACCCAUGUUCAUUAUGAAUAAAUAUACUGGAGAACUUCAUCUUGCAAAUUAUCUUGACAGAGAGCAACAUAGUAGCUACACCCUUGUUGUGAAAGCGUCAGACCGGGAUGGAGCUGCCGAUGGAAUAUCAUCCCUCUGUAGCUGUAAUGUUAAAGUUAUUGAUGUCAAUGACAAUUUCCCAACUCUUGCUCAAAGCUCUUUUUCAGCAAGUAUUUCAGAAAAUUCACUCAGUUCAGAACUGCUACGAAUACAAGCUCUGGAUGCUGACGAAGAGUUUACAGACAAUUGGUUAGCAGAAUUUUUCUUUAUAUCUGGUAAUGAAGAUAACUGGUUUGAAAUUGUUACAGAUCGAGCUACAAAUCAAGGAAUCCUUAGAGUAAUUAAGGAACUGAAUUAUGAACAUCUCCAGACUCACUCACUGAUUAUUGGUGUCAGGAACGUGGCUGCCUUCCACCACUCUGUUGCUCAUGAAUACCAAAUAUCUGGAACACCCCUCACAAUAGAAGUAAAAAAUGUGAUUGAACCACCAAGAUUUAAUCCAUCUUCAGUUGUGUUUUCUCUAUCAGAAAGAACAAGAGCAAAUUAUGUUGUGGGAACAUACACAGCCAUUGAUGAGGACACUGGAGCUAUUGCAACGAAUGUUGUAUAUAGUAUAGGACGUGAUCCAGGUGCCUUGUUCAGAAUCAAUCAAAAUACUGGUGAAAUCACACUGACCAAAGUUAUUAACCGGGAAUCAAUCUAUUUUACCAAUGGGCAGUACAGAGCAGAGGUUCUGGCUAUCACCAGAGGGGUUCCCAGAUAUACUGCUACUGGCACCAUUGUGCUUUCAAUACAAGAAAUGAAUGACAAUUGCCCAAUUAUUAAUACUGAGUUACGGAAAGUAUGUAUGCAUUCCCCAUCAGUGAUUAUCACAGCAAAGAAUAUGAAUGGUGAGGUAUAUGGUGCCCCCUUUACAUUCAGUAUACAUGGUGAACCUCAAACUACAUGGAUUAUCAGAUCAAUAAAUGCUUCCUCUGCAGAACUAACGACUCAGAACAUUGACUUUUACAUUUAUAGGAUCUAUGUCAGCGUAAGAGAUAGCCAAGGCCGACGCUGCCUUAAACCACAUAUAAUUCCCGUGCAAGCUUGUCAGUGUGAUAGUCGUAAUUACUGCACUAGUGGGGCCACAAAAAUAAUUAUCAUUGGUGGUGGCAGUGGGGGUGGUGGCAGUGAGGGUGGUGGCAGUGAGGCUGGUGGCAGUGAGGCUGGUGGCAGUGAGGCUGGUGGCAGCGACAGUGAUAAAGGCCAGGAAGGUGGUGGAGGGGGACAAGAAGGAGGAUAUACUGAGGACCACACAAACUGGCAGACUUACACUGAUGACUAUGAUGAGAAUGACAGAUAUACUGCAGCCACUGAUUAUGGUUAUGAUGGAAAUGGAGACUAUGGCAGAGCUCUCGAAACUUCUACCACACUUAGCGGUGCUGCCAUUGGCCUGAUGUUCCUUGGUGGAUUAAUAUUUGUUUUGAUUCCAAUUUUGAUGUCAAUGAGCGACUGUUGUGGAUGUGGACCUGGUGCUGCAGCUGGAGUUGGAACUGGAUUUGAACCUGUACCUGAAUGCAUAGAAGGGGCAAUUCAUCCGUGGGGAAUAGAAGGUGCCCAGCCUGAAGACAGGGAUGUCUCACACAUUCUUGCCCCAACAACUGCUGCAGGAGGUGAUUUUGGUGAACCCUCUGACAUAUAUACAAACACAUAUGGAGGAGGAGGAGUAGUAGCUUCUGGUGUUGAAGAAACUACAGGGGUUGGCUAUGGCACUGGUACUGGUUACGGAACAGCUGGAGGAAUCUCUGGAGCAGGUGAAGUAAAAGGAUCAAUUGGAGGAACAAUUAAAGAGUACCGAGAAGGAGGGGUGAACAUGGCCUUCCUAGACAACUACUUCUCUGAGAAAGCGUUUGUGUAUGCAGAUGAAGAUGAAGGUCGGCCAGCAAAUGACUGCCUAUUAAUAUAUGAUCAUGAAGGAGUCGGUACUCCCGUUGGCUCUGUGGGUUGCUGCAGCUUUAUUGGAGAAGAUACGGAUGAAACAUAUUUGGAUACAUUAGGACCAAAAUUCAAGACCUUGGCAGAGAUCUGUCUGGGCAAAGAGAUCGAACCUUUCCCUGAUGUCAAUCCACACUGGCCAAGUGUUAACGUCCCCUUCCCCAACCCUGAAAGUGAUCUAAAUCUCCCACCACCUGGAACCACCAUCAUUGUCAAUGGAGGUGCACCUAUGCCUCCCCCGGUUGGCACUACAACUGUUGUUACUGAAAACACCUACACAUCUGGGUCAACCAUACAGCACUCAAGGCCGAUGCCAGAUCCUUUGCUCCACGGCAACAUGACGGUGACUGAGACCUACACCUCUGGUUCCCCCUCAAUUUGCAUUGACCCUCUGCGUGCAUCCAAUGUUGUUGUAACAGAAAGGGUUGUCGGUCCUGCAUCUGCUUCUGAGUUGCGUGGCAUGCUAGAUAUCCCCGAUCUCACAGAUGGGUCCAACGUUAUCGUCACAGAAAGAUUAAUCGCGCCUAACUCCAGGCUCCCAGCCUCUCUGAGCAUUCCCGAUUUGGUAGAUGGAUCGAAUGUGGUAGUGACAGAAAGAGUGUUCAGGCCUGCCUCUGGCGUGCCAGGCAGCUUAAUAAAUAUUCCCUCAGAAUUAACAAAUGCCCACAACAUGAUGGUCACCGAGAGGGUAGUAUCAGGGUCUGGGAUGAGCAGCAUGGGGGCAGCAAAUCUGGGGAGCAUGAGUGGCACAAGUCAGAUGCUCAGUGCUGACUGCCACCUUGGCCAAGCAAUGGGCACAGCAUCCCCCGGCACCUCCCGGAGAAGAGUGACAAAGUACAGCAGCAUGCAGUACUCCAGUCAGUAAGGCCUCUGCUAGGACCCCUUCCUGCUGAAAUCACCAUUUGCACCGACACUCAUCAGCUGCCACCCACCAAGAAUAUUGUUAUUAUUUAUAACCAGAAAAUAGUGCUAAAAUUUCAGGGAUUCCUACCUGUGUAAGGAUCUUUGAAGGGUGCCCCAUCUCAAGGUCAAAUACAGGGCUUUGUCAGUGAAGGGAAAGUCGAAGUUAGCUUUAAAUUUACUUCUCUCUCUCCACAUAGACUACAAGUGUAUGAACAGACACUCUGUUUUUGGAGGGAGAUUUGAUUACUGAGUGGAGCAGUGAGAGGGGUUCCUUGUAUGCAUACAGUAUCAGUAUGAAUUUAUGUCAUAUAAAAGAAUGUUAAAAUACUGUACUGCUGAGUGAUCUCCCACAAUAAGCAGAUUUGGGUUAAUAGCCCCUCACUGACAAGACAGGGAAAGAAUGUAAUUGAUAAUUAGUCAGCUCAAGACUAAAUAAGCACUUUCAAAUGCAUCAUUUUAUAUUGCAUGUUAUUCAAGAAGUGGUGUAAAAUGGCACUCACAACCACUUCUCCCAUAACCAACAACAGUUAUAAAUAAUCAUCGUAUAAACACAAUGCAUUUUCAUUGCUUUCUGAAGUUCUCGGUAAAACACUCUGCCAUGGCCUGCCAUGAUGUUAUUCUCAUGGAAAGGAGUGUGACCAGCAAAUCACUGCAGCUGGCACUGCUGUGUUGACACUGUCACCCAGGAAGAUGUUGGCUUCUCCAUUUCUCCAUUACGGUUACAGUUUUACUUAAAUGUGAAAGGACUUCAGUGACAACCAGGAGCUCUUAGUCAGAUUUUUGUGCCAAACUCUGACUACCAUUUAAAUCCCCAAUAUCAGGUUAUAUUAAGAAGGCUAUAAUAUACCGUGCCAAUCCUCUUUUCAAAUAGUGACAAUAAAAUAAAGUCUUAGAAGCUUUGUGAUGUGGGGAAGGUAAUAGCAAGUAUUGUAUCACUGACACUGGUAGCUAAAGUCCUUCAGGAAAAGAAAAAGCACUUAGGAGCAAUAUAAAUUUGCUAAUAAGCCACGUGGAGAAUUUUUAUUUCAUAUGUCAAUGUAUUUUGCAUUGAUAUUUGGAAAGUUUAUUUGAAUGUGUUAAUUGAAAAAGUCUUUAUGAUACUAUAAUCUUAAUUAAAUCUGGCUUUUAUUUUCCCACAAAAACAGCUCUACUGGACUCUGUUAUUCUAAUAAUACUUUAAAGUGUCUUAGAAUAUGAUCUGAAGGAGUACUGAAAUAUAGUAUCUAUCUCAUUUUACUUGUGUAUCAUAUGUAAAGUAACCAUAGUUAUCAUCAUAGUUAUCAUAUGUAAAGUAACCAUAACAUCACUUAGGUGUAAAUACAAUAGAGCUAUACAGACGGACUAGCUUUUUUUGCUAGACCAACAAAUCUGUAGUUUCCCCUCAAAUUUUGCUUCUUCAGCUUUGACAGAUGGGUUAAUGAAAACGUUAAGGCUUGUCUGUGAACUUCCCUCUCUAUAAAGUGGAAAAGAAACUUUGGGUUGCAUAUCCAGCUUACCUUAUCUAAGAACUAGGGGACAAGUUUCUGAGUCAGAUACCAGGAAAAGGCUUUUUGAAAUAUCCUUUCAGAAAUACGACUAGAUCCACUGUCAAAAACAACUCUUAGUGCGCUUUGAGUCAAUGCCACUGCUAUUAACACUAGUAAUCCCCAGGAGUCAUGAUCAAUCUCAAUGCUACCUUGAGAAAGGGUCACUUCCAGGGUUUCAAGUUCUUUAUAAGUCAGUUGUGCUAGAUGCUCUUCCCAUAUCUGAAGUAUUGCUAUUUUUAUUUCAUCCUGUAGCCUGAUUAUCUUAGGUAUCGCUAAAAUUGCAUUGACUUCAGUGGUAUUAGUCUCUCCCAUAUGUUAUGUUGUUAUUCACCAACUAUAAGUUUGGUUUCUGGAACUAUUUGUUAAAGAAGAAAAUAGAUACUAAUACAUAAAUCUGCACCCUGGAGAAUUUGUGCUGAAAUUCACUAAAAUGCUGACAACCUCUCUUUUGUUUUGCUAGCCACCUAUUUACAUAAAUAAAAAGCAAACAUUAAAAACUAUGACCCUCUGGACAUUUAAAAAGACUAUGCAAUAUAGUCAAAGCCCACUGGGGAUAUUUUUUUAAUGUAAAAAAAAAAAAAAUCUUGUGUAAAUAUUUCCAUAAUCAUCUAUGCAAAUCAGAAAUAUUUUUCCUAAUUGUGAUUCAAAAGUAAUAGAAGUAGUCUUUGGGAUCACAUGUUGAAUUCUUUGUGGCCCUCUUGAACAGGGAUGCUGUGUGAAGUAUGAGUGUCUGAACUAACUGGGCUCUUGUAUGCCUAGAAAUACAAAGGGUAGAAAUUAAUAGAAAAAAAAAAGUUGUUUCAAAGGACAGAUUUUGAUUAUGUAGUGAUUGUCUAUGUCUAGUACUAUCUUUUCCCAACUUAUUAAAGAUCAACAGCUUAUUAUUUAAUGCAAUGUCUUGAAAUAUUUCUAGCAUUUUUUAAUAUUGUUUUCUCACAUUGAACAGCAAUCACAUCAUCCCUCAGCACAUUUCCAGUACAUCUCUGCAUAUUAAUUUCUAUUGCUGUGUAAUUUUUACAAACUUUCUUAAAAUUUCUUUCUUAGUGACAUGUGGAUAAUUUUAGGUUACUACAAAUUUUGGAUGAAAAAUGCAUAUGAAGAUGUGAACAAAUAUUUGAUUCAUUAAAAUUCUAUGUGAAUUCAUUUUCUAGCUUUAUUAUUAAGUGGCAAAUAGUUUUAUCCUGACUAGUAGAUAUUAGUUUUGUUUCUUUUCCUUCAGUUGUAAGUUAGAAGCCCGCUUGCUGUCUACCUUUAAUCAUAUCAUUUAAUAAAGAAGAAUGAGUGGUUUUCAGGGAAGACAACUCUGGCUAGUGAUUAUCAAUCCUGCUAUAAACCAUUCAAGCAAAAAGCUUUUAUUAAAGUGUCAGCAGAAUGCAACACUAA